UUCAGCAGACCAAGCUACAAUAGCACCUACAGAAAACUUGAACAACCAAACAUGGCCAUCCCCAAUGCUUCCCUCCUUGCUAUCCUCGGCUGCCUCUGCUUCUUUGCUUCUGGCCUCGCAGCUCGCGAGCUGAACGAUGACUUGUCCAUGGUGGCGAGGCACGAGAGUUGGAUGUCGCAGUAUGGCCGCAGUUACAAGGACGCUGCCGAGAAGGACCGCAAGUUUGAGGUGUUCAAGGCGAAUGCUGCGUUCAUCGACUCGUUCAACGCCAAGAACCACAAGUUCUGGCUUGGCAUCAACCAGUUCGCUGACAUUACCAACGAAGAGUUCAAGGUAACCAAGACUAACAAGGGGUUUAUUUCAAACAAGGUGAGGGCAUCCACAGGAUUCAGUUAUGAGAAUGUCAGCAUUGAUGCACUGCCGGCGACAAUUGACUGGAGGACUAAGGGCGCGGUCACUCCGGUCAAGGACCAAGGCCAAUGUGGUUGUUGUUGGGCAUUUUCCGCAGUUGCGGCAACAGAGGGCAUUGUCAAGCUGAGCACCGGCAAGCUUGUCUCAUUGUCAGAGCAAGAACUAGUGGAUUGUGAUGUCCACGGCGAGGACCAGGGUUGUGAAGGCGGGCUCAUGGAUGAUGCAUUCAAGUUCAUCAUCACAAACGGUGGCCUCACUCAGGAGUCCAGCUACCCAUAUGACGCAGAAGAUGGCAAGUGCAAGAGUGGAUCUAAAAGUGCCGGAACAAUCAAGAGUUACGAGGAUGUGCCUGCCAAUAACGAAGGCGCCCUCAUGAAGGCCGUGGCGAACCAACCCGUGUCAGUUGCUGUUGACGGAGGUGACAUGACAUUCCAAUUCUACUCUGGUGGUGUGAUGACCGGCUCCUGUGGCACCGACCUUGAUCAUGGUAUCGCAGCCAUCGGUUAUGGAGUGACAAGUGAUGGCACAAAAUAUUGGUUGAUGAAGAACUCUUGGGGCACAUCAUGGGGAGAGAAUGGAUUCUUAAGAAUGGAGAAGGACAUUGCCGACAAGAAGGGCAUGUGUGGCCUUGCGAUGGAGCCCUCCUACCCUACCGCAUAGAAUAUCAGAUGCCACAUAUUUACACACCUACACGCGAUUGAAUAAUCUCACAACUCUUGUUCUGGUGUAGUGUGCUCAUACCCAUGUAUGUGUCUGUAAUUAUGCUAAAUAUGUUGUAUAUACACUAUGUAAAAGUCAUAAGUACUAUGUAAAUAUGUUGAAAUAUUAAUAUAUAGUUUGAUGAAUAAUA